AUUGCAAAUCUUAAAAAAGCUGCGUUUCCUUCUCCUGCAGCCUCCGUUUUGAUGGAUAUGUCGGGGUGAUUUCAGAUUUGGGACAAAGGAAGGAUAAGAUAAAGCCAUAUUCCAAUGAAAGCCCGAAACGGAGAGCCGUUGGGAUAUAAGAAGGUGUGGACGACUCUGAUCACCAACACCGAUUACCUCCCCGGCCUCUUGACAUUGGAAUAUUCCUUGAAACGAGUUGGAUCAAAGUAUCCUUUAAUUGCGCUCUAUACCGAUUCGUUUCCGGCCGAAGGACAUGCGGCGCUAGACGCACGGCGUAUCGCGAAGCGCCAUAUCCCUUACUUGCUCCCAUCGGCUCACAAAGAUUAUAGCAAUGACACCCGCUUCUAUGAUUGUUGGAGUAAAUUGGCGCCGUUUUCCCUCGUGGAAUACGACCGCGUCGUCCAGCUUGAUAGCGACAUGCUGAUCCUUCAGAACAUGGAUGAACUGAUGGAUUUGGAGUUGGAUAGCCCCGCGCUGGGUGGUACAGGGACUAGGGUAUUCGCUGCCAGUCAUGCGUGUGUUUGCAAUCCGCUGAACAAGCCCCAUUAUCCUCCGGAUUGGACCCCAGCCCACUGCGCAUUUACAAGUCAGCACAACACCCCAGAUAAAGCGCAAGUGGAGGGGGCACCACCAACGAAUGGUCUCGCAAUCCCGAACGGCGGUCUCCAAGUUGUCAACCCUUCCCUGGGCGUAUACAAUCGCAUUCUUGAAUGUCUGCAAACCCCCAGCUCCACCUCAAACUAUGACUUUGCGGACCAGUCGCUCCUCGCAGACUUGUUUCCCGGUCGAUGGGUCGCCAUCCCCUAUAUAUAUAAUGCGCUAAAGACUCUUCGCUGGAAAGGCGUCCAUAGCGCGAUCUGGAGGGAUGAAAAAGUGAAAAAUAUCCACUUCAUACUGAGUCCAAAGCCCUGGGACGAGAAAUGGCGCAAGCAUGCGUCGCAUGAAGAAAAGAUCGCAAGAUCUGCGAACGGGAAAGCGGACGAGACUCAUGACUGGUGGUGGAAGAUCACCAAUGAGAGGCACGCCGAAGAAAAGCGUUUGGGCAUUCCUAGAGAUGGAUUUUAGGACACAUGUAUUGUAGCAUUCUGUUGU